UACAUCGAUGCCAACGGAACUCUCAAGUGCCUGUCGUCCGGGUCUAGUGUCUCGCAAAAGGUCGGCCGUACGUCUAGCUCGGUGGAAUCAUUCGUCGUUCUGCACCGAGACCUGAAUAAGAAACAUGGCCAGUGGGAACAGAAAAGUUGCUGUCAUAGGCUGUGGCCUUGUUGGUCAAAACUGGGCCAUGCUGUUUGCCUCAAAGGGUUACAGUAUCUCCAUCUGCGAUGAUGACCCCACCCAGACGUCAGCUGCCCUAGAGAACAUCCAAGUCCUCCUGGAGAAAAUGGAGAAAGAUGGACUACUUAAAGGCACACUCUCCUCGCAAGAACAGUUCAAGCUCAUCUCAGGCUGCGGAAGCGUAGAAGAAUGUGUUAAAGGUGCUGUAUACGUACAGGAUGCUAUACGUGUCCCAGAAAAUCUUUCCCUGAAACAAGAACUCUAUAAGAAGUUGGAUGCCGCUGUUGAAGAUGAUGAUGUCAUUAUCGCCAGCUCUACGAGUUUCAUCCCACCCAGCAAGUUCAGCGAAGAUCUCAAACAUCGCGGUCAGGUCUUAGCGGCACAUCCAAUAAAUCCUUCGUAUUUCAUCCCGCUGGUCGAGUUGGUUCCUGCACCCUGGACUCUUCCCAGUAUCACCCAGCGAUGUAGAGAAUUCAUGGAGGAGAUAGGCCAGGCCCCCUGUGUCCUCACCCGCGAGAUCGAGGGAUUCGCAUUGAACAGGAUGCAGUUUGCCCUCCUGGUUGAAUGCUGGCGGCUAGUUGCGGACGGUGUUGUCAGUGCAGCAGAUAUCGACAAAGUCAUGUCAUAUGGUCUGGGACAUCGUUAUGCCUUUAUCGGGCCUCUUGAGAUUUCGCACCUCCUUGCUGAUGGCAUUGGUAAGUAUUGUGAACGUACUGGCCCAAGUAUCUGCGAUUCAAUCAAUGAUUUUGGACCUACUCCAGUCUUAAAUGAGGAUACAGCAGAGAAGACGGGCAUUCUGAAGCAACUCUGUGAUAUGGUCCCUCUGGAUCAACUGAAGGAGAGACGGGUCUGGAGGGACGGGAGAUUGGCUGCUUUUGCGAAAUGGAAGAAGGAGUUGGAUGACGCUGAUCGGAAGUAGUCCUGAUGACUGAAAAAAAAAUGAAUAAUUGGACCUGUGAGCUUAGUACAACUGCAUGUAGUUAUGAUUCAAAUAAAUAGAUUUCAACAAUAA